AAACAGCUCCAUUCCUCAUUGGCGGUCGCCUACGCUUAGAAGCAGCUCUUGAGUCUUGACCGAGAGGGAAGCAGAAACUGCGCGACCGAGUUUCAGUGUUCUGGUCCUCCCAAUCCAUCGUCUUCUUCUCUCUUCUAAAACAAUGAAAAAUAGCCUCAUCUCCCCGAGCAACUUCAGCUCCAAUGGAAAUGCAACCUUCUUUCAGGUGGAGAAUGGCUACAGCGACUCUCUCUCUCUCUUGAACUCAGAGAGGGCUGUGCUUGAACUUGUACAGCAGCCUCUUAUUGAUGGAAUAGAUGAUCAUCUAAUUGAGUUCUCUGAGGCAAUGAGAACUGUUGCUAAAGUGUUAAGGCAUGCUGCUGAGGGGAAGGCUUCUGCUCAAGUCGAGGCCACUGAAUGGAAACGCAAAUAUGAAUUGGAAAGGGAGCGUAAUUGGCAAUUGGAGCAAAAAGUUUUUAAUGGAAACCAUAAUUCUGAGCAUAGUGAUGGAAGAUUUAAACACUUGAUACAUCAGCCUGUCCAAUCAGAUGGAACUGUUGACAAGUCUGAAAGAUGCUGUGGUGAGAAUGGAAUUUGCUCUCAUGAAGUUCUUCGGAAUGGGGAACCGGGAUAUGAUACCAAUGUGCUCCCAGACAAAAUGAUGAGAAAGGCUUCCUUUAAGUUGUCAUGGUGUUCUAAAGGUGAAAAAAGUAAUCAGCAUAAGCAUGAUAUUGUUUCUUUUGAGAAGGGAAAUAUAACCACAGCAGAGCGCAGCAGUAAACAGAUUUCUUUGAAGUGGGAAUCUCCCCCACAGACGGUUCUUAUUUUGACCAAACCGAAUUCAGCUGCUGUUCAAUUGCUGUGCUUGGAAAUGGUUAGAUGGUUGAAAGAACAGAAAAACCUGAACGUUUUUGUAGAACCACGAGUAAGAGCUGACCUUUUAUCAGAGUUCUCAUACUACAGUUUUGUACAAACAUGGGAGGAUGGUAAGGUCUGGGGUUUGUAAUCUUUUGCAGUUUCUUGUUAAAAAAUUGUACUGUUACCG